AUGGAGUUCAAGUAUGCUCUAAAGAUGUGCAUUGAGGAUAGUAGCAGUCAUAUGUGGGCCAUUGCAUUUCAAGAGGCUACACAGGAAAUAGUGGGAAUGUCAGCAAAGGAACUAGCUACAAUGCGAGAUGAGAACUACCCUGCAUUCUCACUACUUAUCGAUGGUAUCCGAUCAAAGAUUUACAAAUUCAAAAUCUGGAGCAAGCUUGAAAAAUACCAAGACAUGGAGAAGCUAAGAAUCGAAGAUGUGGUGAGCAACAGCUAUACUUCCACACUUGCUGUAGAAAUUGAUGACACUGUUUGUGAUGCUACUACACUCUUGCAGAUCCCAGGAUGGAAUUCCUUCCGGUUUCCAGAUCCAGAAGGCAUUUAUCUCAAGAUCAACAACAAAGUCCCAGGGCUGGGAAUGAGACUCAAUCGAAGCACUCUGGACCUCCGAGCUAACAGUUCUCUUCUUUUUUACGAGCUAAAGUUCCUAUGUAACAGAUACUCAAAAGAAAUCCCUGAUGCUUACAAGCAAUUACUGCUGGAUGCCAUUGCUGGAGAGUGCUGUCUCUUCAUCAGGACCAGUGAACUGGAUGCGGCAUGGAAGAUUUUCACUCCUCUUCUCAAAGAUCUCAAGAGGAAGAAGAUGGUGCCUGAGUUAUACCCGAACGGAAGCCGGGGUCCCAUGGGAGCUCACUAUCUUGCAGCCAAGUGGGGCAAUGUUUAG